AUGGUGCCAAAACGUUAUCUUGUGUCUUUCAUGGCAUUCCUUGGAUUUGCAAAUGUGUAUGCAUUACGUGUCAAUUUAAGUGUAGCUAUAGUUGCUAUGACUAGUAAUAAAACCAUCUUUAUCAACAAUACAGCAGUUGGGCCUGCUGAUUACAACUGGGAUUUAGAAUUACAAGGGCAUAUUUUAUCAGCUUUCUUCUGGGGUUAUGUCGUAACUCAGUUACCAGGUGGACUAUUAGCUAAUCGGUAUGGAGGGAAAUAUUUUUUUGGUGGUGGAAUAUUUAUUACUGCUGUGUUAUCAUUACUAACUCCUUUAUUUGUAACCUGGAGUGUAUAUCUACUUAUAUCUAUUAGAGUACUGCAGGGAUUUUGUGAGGGUGUAACCUAUCCAGCCAUUCAUGCUAUUUGGUCUAAAUGGGCUCCACCUCAAGAAAGAUCUAAACUGGCAACAUUUGCCUUUUCUGGUUCAUAUAUAGGAACUGUUAUAUCAUUACCAAUAUCUGGAGCUUUAGCUCAUAGUCCUGCUGGUUGGCCUUCUAUAUUCUAUGUUUGUGGUAAUAUAGGUAUUUUAUGGUUUAUGGUAUGGUGUGUACUAGUAACUGAAAGUCCAGCAAAACAUCCCUCUAUAACCAACGCUGAACUAGAAUACAUACAACAAACUAUAGGAUAUACUGAUGAACAAACUAAAAGGAUUCAUCCACCUUGGGCUAGACUUCUUACCUCAAUUCCAGUAUGGGCAUUGUGUUUAGCACAUUUUGCUGAAAAUUGGGGUUUUUACACCUGGUUGACUGAAUUGCCUACAUUCAUGAAUGAUGUUCUGAAUUUCCGUAUACAAAAUAGUGGGUUUUUGUCAGCACUACCAUAUUUAGUACUAGGAUUAGUUGUAAUGUUUAGUGGACAAUUAGCUGAUAUAUUGAGAACUAAUUUUAAUGUUAGCACAACGCUAGUUAGAAAACUCUUCACUUGUGGAGCAUUUGCAAUCCAGUCAGUAUUUAUGAUAACAGCAGGGUAUUUAAUGACACCAGUAGCUGCUAUAGUUUGUCUUACUAUAGCUGUUGGUUUAGGUGGUUUCUUUUGGGCUGGAGUUGGUGUUAACCAUCUAGAUAUUGCUCCACAAUAUGCCAGUAUAUUAAUGGGACUAUCCAACACCUUUGCCACAUUACCAGGAAUUAUCAGUCCAAGUCUGACUGGUGCUAUAGUCAGCAUGGGAGGUGAGUCAAUGUGGAGAGUCGUAUUCUAUUUAGCAGCAUCUAUAUAUGGUGUUGGUGCAAUCUUUUAUGGGGUCUUUGCAUCAGGAGAUAGGCAAGCAUGGGCUGAAAUUCCUCUUGGUUAUCAACCUCAUCUAGAUGACCCAGAGAGAGACUAG